AUGAAAGCCCUCCUGCGAUCGGAUGCUUGUUUGGCUUGUUCACCGUCGACACCGUUAUCCUCUCCGUCGUCGUCCUCGUCAACAUCGUCGUCAUGGAUUCAUUUGAGAUCGCUUCUAAUAAUUACCUCUUCAACCCCAGUUCGCGACCGGUUAGUCCUUCCCCUCCUCCCUUCCUAAAUUUUCCUCGUUAGGAACUCUGUUUGAUCAAUUUUGACGUUGCCAAGCUUCUGUGUCACUCUCCAGUUCUCAAAUUACAGAAGAAACUGGAAAUUCACCUCGUGGCAUUCCUUCAAUUUGUCAUCAAUUUUAAUUUUAAAGAUGGAUGCAAUUAAUUCUCGUAUUGCAUCCUAGGAGAACCACACCUGAAAAGGAACAACCGGAAAACAUAAACCCCACAUCAGAACUCCAUAUUCCCAAUGUGGGGCAAGUCCCACCAUACCUUGCUGAUGGGACGUGACAUUUAUCACAGAGAAUUAGGGGGGUAUUUCAUUGGGAUAUGUUCGUUUCUCUUGGUUAUAGGGCUUUUCGGAUACUAUUUACUGCUUUCACGCUCUGUCAUUCAUGUUUGGAUCAAUUAACUCUCGGAGGAUGAAAUUAUCGCGAUUUGGCCUUACAUCCCUCAAAGUUAGCUUUAUUUUGUAGGAUGCCAUGAAUUCCUGGUAUUAUAAGAUUUAUGUGAAUGCAUUUUUAAUGAAAACCUGAUAAUCUCACGUUCUAUACAGUAUUUUCCAUCCCCUUCUCUUUUGUUUAUGAGUCGAUGUAAAGCUUGGGUUGUGACCUUCUUGCUGACAUGCAGAGGUGGCCUCAGAUCACCAUGGACCCGGAUGAAAAGAAAGCAUCCUCUAUCUUUUCAGCAGUGGAUCAAUCUAUUUUCACCAGAUGGAAAACUUCAAGAUAAAGUGAAGCUUCUGAAAAGAGUUCGCAAUGGAGUGAGCACUUGUCACAUUUUCUUUAUCCCUCAAUUUGUUGUGGACUUAUUACUCACUCGUCUUGAUUUUGUUACCCAAUGAUUGUUCUGUAUUAAUUUGUAUUUUGCUUUCAACGGAUGUUCUUAUGCUAUCUACUUAUAUGAUCCAGGGCAUAGAGCCAGGAAUCAGGGCUGAAGUCUGGCCUUUUCUCCUUGGCGUGUAAGAUUUCUGACUUUUCAAGAACUUUUCCAUUGAGAUUCACCUUAUUUGUUUGAAUUUAAUGUACGUGAAUUUAACACCCUUCUUGCCAUUUUAUAAUACGGAUGUUUUUAGACCGGACAUCAUUUUUUUUCUCUGCUCUGCAUUUGACAGCUUUUUAACGAUCUAUUGGCGUAAAUUUUAAACCUCUUUCCUACAAAUGAUUCGAAUCGGUUGGGUCAGAUCAAAUGUCUGCUUGCAAUUUUCAAUGCUGACUAAAUGCAGCACCUUUCUAUCUGUUUAAUGCUGAUUAGGUUUUUUUCACUCAUCUGGGUUGCAUCUCAAACCUUCGAAGUUGAAGGGGCUUCCCUACCAUAAUAAAGUAUCAAUUUUCUUGCAUAACUAUCAGCAUUAGAUGGGAAUAUUUUUUGAUGAAGAUGUUGCAUAUAUAUGAUUUAACUUUAGGUUUGCACUUUAAAAUCUUAUGCAACGAAUGUCUACACGUUUUUAGUUACUCAAUGAGCGUUUUGGGUGAAAGUUUCCCUGACGUGAUAAAUCUAUUUGGUAUCUGAAUUCUUAUGAUACCUGUUACCGAUUACUACCUUGUCUUCUGUUGUUAACCUUUGUCUGAAAUGUUGCAAUUUUCGUAACACCUCAGCUAGGGGCAGACUUUUCUUUCCUGAGAUAAUUCUCGUAGAAUUUGUGUUUAAUUGUUAUAGUACAAUGCAUGUGAUGUCUCUUUGUUUUGAACAUGAAACACAAUGGCCCGAAGGGUGUGUUAGUGGCAUUAGACUCAAUAUAUUCUCAUUUACAUAGAAACUGUUCAUCGCUAUGAGAAGGUUCGAUCAAGUGUAAGAUACUUUGGCUUAUGUCAUCCUUGGAUUCCCAGAAUAUUUCCCAUUCAAUCGCACACGACUUGCCAUCUGCAACAAAGAGUUGUUGGUCAUUGCUUAAAACUUUAUUCAUUACGGUGUAUAAUCUGUGUUCUGUCCACAUUCCUGCAAUGUCUGAAGGCGGAAAUCCUUUUCAGGCUCUCUCCCAUUGUCUUGCUAUUAGUUGUACAGCAAUUUGGUGCUCUUUCCAUGGCUGUUACCCAACGUAGUAGCCUCUUGAGUCCUUCCACGCUCGUAGAUUCAUGUGCAUGCAUCUGGAGAUCCACCUCCUAGAGCAGCUGCAGCGAGCCUGAACUCUCAUAGCAUGCGCUAUCGUACUCGUUCACCAUAGUUAAUCCGUCUGGUUUGCUGAUAUUCUUUAGGCCCGUAUUCCAGAAUACUCGGCUCCUCAUUUUUCAUGGGCAAUCUUGUUUAAUGACCUGCAAAGUUCUUCAUGUUGUUUAUAAGUUCAUGAUGUGAUCUUAUCGAAAAAAAAUCUGCAGGUACGACUUGAGCAGUACAGAGGCUGAAAGAAACGAGUCUAGAGCUCGGAGAAGGUAGUCAGAGAACCCCCUCCACCCUCGAUUUCUUCUCCUCGCAUGAUUGAUCGAUCGAAUAAUGUCUUCUCAUCGAUGUUUUUUUUUAUUGAAAAAAUUCAAGGGAAGAGUACGAGAAACUGAGGGAGCGGUGCCUGCGACUCCUGAGGGGUGGGAGUGACGAUGGUCACCAGGAACUGAAGAAAACCGCCGGCGGGAGUCACGCCCGGUAUCCGAGCUCUGAGGAGGCGACUCCGGUCACGCCAGCCUGCGCCGUCGAGGACUACGCCAAAUGGCAGCGUAUUAUCCGUCUAGACGCGUUGCGCGCGGAGUGGGUUCCAUCUUCUGGUAAAGGCCACCACACGGCGGAGGCGGCGCGAGGGGCGGCGGAGGCGGUGGGGUUGAAGGACUACGAGGACCUGGAGCCCUGCAGGGUCCACCACGCCGCCCGCCUGGUCGCCGUGCUGGAGGCGUACGCGAUAUACGACCCGGAGAUCGGCUACUGUCAGGGGAUGGGGGACCUGCUGUCCCCGAUCGCCGCCGUGGUGGAGGAUGACAGCGAGGCAUUCUGGUGCUUCGCCGGCUUCAUGAGGCGGGCCAGGCACAACUUCCGGCUCGACGAGGCGGGCAUCCGGCGGCAGCUCGGCGUGGUGGCGCGGAUCAUCCGGCACAGGGACGCCGCGCUGUUCCGGCACCUGGAGCGGCACCGCGCGGCGGACUGCGCCUUCGCGUACCGCAUGGUGGUGGUGCUCCUUCGUCGGGAGCUAUCCUUCGAGCAGACGCUGUGCCUGUGGGAGGUCCUGUGGGCGGACCAGGCGGCGGUGCACGCUGGUGUGCGGCAGCGGCGGGCGUCUCCCCCCACAGAGGACCUCCUGCUGUACGCUAUCGCCGCCUGCGUGCUGCAGCGGCGGAAGCUCAUCAUCGAGGAGGACGGCGGCGCGGAGGAGAUUCUGCGGGAGUGCAACGCUCUCGCGGGGCGGCUCGACGUCUGGAGGCUCCUGGACGAGGCCCACGACCUCGUCCUCUCCCUCCACGGCAAGAUCUGA